UACAGAGCUUAUUCCGUAUCGGUCCGAUUAGCGCGUUCACGCAUAGAAAACUUUUUGAGCAAAUAAACGCUGAAAAAUACAAAUAAAUAAACAGUAUACAAUAAAGAUUUUUUCGAAACUAAAGGUUAGGUUACACAACACAGCGGCGCCUAAUACGGAUCGUACGGUCACAAACGUUUUGUUCGCGUUAACGUUUUUUUUUAUUAUUAUUAUUUAGUUCAGUAUUAUUAUCGUUAGGUACCGCCGUCGAGUAUUUUUUUUUUUUUGAUAUAAAACCAACAAAAUAAAAAAAACCGUCGAAUCAAAACAAAAUCGGCUGCAUGAACCAGCUGAGCGUCUUGUUGCUCGAAGUUCUCCUCUCGCUGUGGAUGUUCAAGUUCUUUCACAACAAAGGCUGCAGCAGCGUGCGUUUCCCGGCCGGCGGCACGUUCCAAGGAUAACGCGACAGUCGAUUAUUAAUUGUUUUAUCCUAUAAAAUUCUUUAAAUUUCUAUUCGGCCACCAAACCAACCAACCAACCAACCAACCACCAGCAACAGCUGCAGCUGUUGUACCGCCGGCCUAUAUAUUAUACAACGUCUGGAACGUCUUGAUCUAUUUCCGUUGUCGGUCACGUGAUAACCGUAACGUCUCGAUCUGCCGUCCCCUGGCGGUGUAGAUCUUCUGUGCAAAAUCCGACCGAUCUAAGAGAAAUGGACGGAUCGUGGUGGAAUUCGAAAGAGAGCUUGGUACAAGUAAUAUCCAGGCGGAAAAGUGACGAUGGGGACCAGCUCAUGACGGGCAACGACAAACUGGCCCGCGUGCUCAAUCUGAUGGACCUGACCGCUCUGGGCGUGGGCUCUACCCUGGGCGUUGGCGUGUACGUGCUGGCGGGUGCCGUGGCCAAGCUGGACGCUGGUCCGGCGGUGGUCUUGUCGUUUAUCAUGGCCGCUGUGGCGUCUGCGUUCGCGGGCCUAUGUUACGCCGAGUUUGCGGCUCGGGUGCCAAAAGCCGGGUCGGCCUAUGUGUACAGUUAUGUAGGCGUCGGCGAAUUCGUCGCGUUCGUCAUCGGUUGGAAUCUGAUACUCGAGUACAUAAUCGGCACGGCAAGCGUGGCGAAGGGCCUAAGUAAUUACGUAGACGCACUAAUAGGAUACCAAAUGAAAAAUGCAAUGAUCAACUUGUUUCCAAUUAAUAUCAGCUUUAUGGCACCAUAUCCAGACUUUUUGGCAUUCAGUAUUGUUCUACUACUGUCAAUUUUAUUAGCAUGGGGUGUUCGUGAGUCUACAAUCAUCAACAACAUUUUUACCGUAGUUAAUUUGUUGACAGUGGGCACCGUCGUUGUUACAGGUUUAUUCAAAAUUAACGUUUAUAACUGGAAUAUCCCUAAGCAAAAUAUUCCAAAAGGAGUGAAAGGCGGGGAAGGCGGAUUUAUGCCUUUCGGUUGGGCUGGUGUUACCGCAGGUGCCGCCAAAUGUUUCUACGGCUUCAUCGGUUUCGAUACCGUUGCCACCACAGGCGAAGAAGCGAAGAAACCAAAACGUGACAUUCCAUUAGCCAUUGUUCUAUCGUUGUCAAUCAUUACAUUAGCCUACUGUUGCGUUAGUACGGUAUUAACUCUGAUGUGGCCGUAUUAUGAUCAGGAUCCCGACGCACCUUUCCCUUAUGUGUACGACCACGUCGGUUGGCCAACUGUCAAAUGGAUUGUGUCAAUUGGCGCUAUAUUUGCUUUGUGCACGAGUUUAAUAGGUACCAUGUUUCCUUUGCCGAGAAUUUUGUACGCCAUGUCUUGCGACGGUUUGUUAUUCAACAUGUUCUCGGAUAUCCAUCCGAAAUCCCAAACGCCUCUGUUGGCCACCAUCUUGUCUGGUAUUUUAGCCGGUAUCAUGGCGGCGGUGUUCAAUCUCGAACAAUUGAUAGAUAUGAUGUCUAUUGGGACUCUGUUGGCGUACACCAUAGUAUGUAUUUGUGUGCUGAUCCUGCGGUAUAAGGAGAGCACGUCCGUCGAUUUCGUUAUCCCAGCAGAAAAUGACAAAGGUAGCGACCGACCGGUUGUGUCGGUCGUGAAAGUUUUAGUCAAGUUCUUUAAUUUUUCCAACACUAAGUACCCAAACGAAGAGACGGAAUACAUAUCCACGGCGAACACGCUGUGUUACAUCGCCGUUUCAACGCUAUUUUGUUUCUCCGUCGUACAACAAGAAGAAUCAAAACAUAGCAAUAACUUGUUUCGGUACACAAGUAUGUUCUUGGGCGGUUGGCUUUUACUGAUCAUGCUAUCGCUGUCCAGACAACCACAGUCGAAAAAAGAACUUUCGUUUAAAGUGCCUCUAGUUCCUCUAAUUCCGUGCGUGAGCAUCGUCUUAAACGUUUAUCUGAUGAUGAAGUUGGACGUUCAGACGUGGGUGCGUUUCGGCAUUUGGCUGUUCCUAGGUCUAGUCAUUUAUGUGUUUUACAGUCUGGACCACAGUGUCGAAGGACUUAAACAGAGACGAGAAUUUAAUAACAAAAAGGCUGCUCGUCCGGCGGACAGUCGGAUUGUAAUUACAGAGAAAAUGUAAUAUUUUUUUCAACCUUUCUUCUUUUAUUCUUUAAACGUCAAAAAAAUGAUUUCGAGAGUCAGAACAUUCCAUAUUUCAUUUUACGAAUGACACAGCGAAAUAUUCUCGAACAUUUAUGCUCAACAGUAUUACGUUUUGCUCCCUAAACUUCUAAUGGGAAUGUAUAUUUUUUGAAAAAUAUAUGUUAUUAAUUAUUAGUUUUUGCAUAUUGCAAAACCUGACGUUUGUGUUUCCGAGAGUAAUGCCAUACAAACGUGCUGGGUGUUCUUAUUAUUGACUAAAUUACCUUUUUACAUAUAUAUAUAUAUAGAUAUUUAUUUCGCCUUACUUUUUCUAUUUUGUGAUAUUUUGUCUUCAUUUUACUUAAUAUAAUGUGUCAUUUUAUUUAUUUUAUUAUUAUAAUAAUUAUGUACUAGUUUUAUAAUUAGUGAGAACAAGAAAGUCGUGUAUUAUUUUGUUUUUAUAUAAUGAUGAUAUAACUUUCUCGAACCGUAAAAUCUUUACAGACAUUUUAACUAUAG